AUGGCAGGGAACAUGACGUCGUUUGAAAAGGACAAGCAACAGGGCAAUGCGCUGUUCAAGCAGGGACUGUACCUCGAGGCGGUCGACAGCUACGACCGCCUGAUUGCUGCUCAGCCGCAGAACCCGGUCGGGUACAGCAACAAAGCCAUGGCGCUGAUCAAACUGGGGGAACACGCGCAGGCCAUCCAGGCGUGCCAGCAAGGACUGCAGCAUGCGUCGACGACGACGACGCCAGACCACGUAACCAUCAGGGCCAAGCUGCAGUACCGUCUAGAGCUGUCACAGGCCGCAGCGGCGCCAGUUCAGAUCCCCGUCGUGGAGGUCGACGAACUGCCCCAGGGCUACGAUCGGUCCUGA